GGUAGUGGCUGUUUUGAGUGAUCUUUACAACAGUUUUAAAGAAACGAGUCGAGGGCGUCUUAUAAAAAGGAGGUUGACUAGGAGCGCGGGUUCAGACUUUUCCAUCUUCAGGUGCAGUCAGUUUUAGAGAGAGAGACUGAACGUCAUUAUGGAGGGCACUUUCCGAGAGCAGCUGUUCUUUUUGGUGUUGUGUCUGUCAGUACUCAAGGGAGACGCCAGGUACAUUGAGGACAACGAUAUUUCAACAGAAGGAUUAUUUUCACUUCUCAAUUCGGAGCUCAAAAGAGAAUUACCUGAGGAAUUAAUGUACCGUAGAUCUUUACGGUGUCUGGACAUGGUGGCGGUAGAGGGUCAGUUCACCUUCACGGCUGACCGGCCACAGUUUAGCUGUGCAGCCUUCUUUAUUGCUGAGCCAAAUGAGGUCAUUAGCGUAGACUACGACAACGUGGACAUCGACUGCAGGGGAGGAGACUUCAUCAAGGUGUUUGACGGCUGGGUGAUGAAGGGGGAGAAGUUUCCCAGUUCCCAGGACCACCCUCUGCCGCUGUCGCAGCGCUAUGUGGACUACUGUGACUCUAGCACGGCCAGGAGAGCCGUGCGCUCCUCUCAGAACGUGGCCAUGGUCUUCUUCCGUGUCCAAACCGCCGGCAGUGGCUUCACCCUCACCGUCAGGAGACUCACCAACCCUUUCCCCUGCAAUGUCAUCUCCCAGACACCAGAGGGCACCUUUACAAUGGUCAUCCCCCAGCAGCACAGGAACUGCAGCUUUUCAAUCAUCUACCCCGUGGAAGUCCAGGUCUCUGAGCUCAACCUGGGACACCUCAACGACUUCCCAAUCCAGAAGUCCUCUCCUGGCUGCGUGGAGGCGGGGGAUUUUGUGGAGCUUCUGGGAGGUAGCGGAGUGGACACGUCCAAGAUGAUCACUGUGGCUGACCUCUGCUACUCCAACAGUCCUGUCCGUAUGAAGAUAGCCUGUGACAAUACAGUGGUGAGGAUGGUCUCCAGUGGAAAGUUUGUGAACCGAGUGUCCUUCAACUACCGGCUAUUGGACCAGCAGGAUCUUCAUCGGAUCAGAGGGAACAGCGUGGAAGAUUACUGCUUCUCCGGCUGAGCUCUCCUGGUGCGCGUGUGGGCGCACGUGGGUGUGUCACCUGCCACACCGGAAGCACCAAACAUACCGUGUGACUGAUAACUGAAAAAAACUGUGCAGAGGGUUGCCAUGCCACUCCCCCCGUUCCAGUUUAAUGAAGAGAAUCCUUAUUUUUUUCUUUCUUUUUUUUACCUCAUUUUUUUUGUGUUCAGUUUUAUUUUUUAUUGUUUUGAUCUUUUUCAUUAUGUUAUAUAAAUUGUGGCUCGCGCAAGCCUAAUAAACGGUUCUCUUGUGUUUGUUGGCAAUGCUAUUGGUUCUACUCAGUAUUUAUGUGUCUUACGUGUGUUUAUUGAAAUGAAACAGAGCGUUGGCACAGGAUUAUACACUGGAUAUGUGGUCAACAUUCUUUCAGGGGAACGGUACUAAAGAAAUAAAUGUUUCUAUUUAUACUCCGGAGAUAGUAUGCAGGAGUCUGGCCCUAGCAGGUUUCCACGACAUACAGUAGUAAGAUCAAUUAUUCAAGGAUGCAAUAGAACAUGUAAAAAUAUGUCCAUUGCUGUUAUCUCUAUUUAUUUAUAUCAAACUAUUCUUUUGUAAUAAAAUGGAACCGCAUGAUA